CCAAUCCACCCAGCCACCAACCUACACAGCCACCAACAAAUCCAGCCACUCAGCCACCCAGCAUUUUAACCAUCCACUUAGUACAAGGAUAGGCGCGCGCGCACGCGCACACACACACACAAACACACACACAUACACUCAAACUCACAGAGUUACUGUUAUUUGUUAGGUUGUUUUUGCAUAAUUUCUUCACUAUGUAGCUUUGGCUGGCCUAGAACUCAGUAUUUGGACCAGGUUGGCCUUGAACUUGUAGAGAUCCACCUACUUCUGUCCCCUGAGUGCUGGGACUUUAGCCUUCUUUAGGUGCCAUCAUGCCUGGAUCACAAAAUGAAACAAACGAAUGAAAAAGUCCUGAGGUUGGAAAAGGGUAAAUAUAUGAUCUGCAGCCAAAUACUCCCAUGUUGAGACUGAAUGUGACUCCAAAGCCAGAUCCACCAGGUGGUUUGAAGGGACCAAUUGAUAUUAAGGGUUAUGUAGUCAUCAAAUAAAUGUUUGAAAACUAAGGCAGCAGUCAAUGUUGUCCCUGAGGAGACGAUGGUCAGUCUGCCACCUAGAGGAGAACUCGGAUUGACCAGGACAGCACAACUCUAGAGCAGAGCUCUCAUCAGAGCCCAGCCUCCCUGAUGUGUCUCAACACUGUUCUCAAAUAUGAGAGAUUUCCACUCACACCUGGGAAAAGCGUCCACAGCAUGCCGUAGUCCUCACCCUCCAUCUGGGACCUAAAUAUUUUGAAGGCAUAAGAUGUAAGUGACCCCCUCACACCAAAUGGUUUGAAAAGGGAUAUUCUAUUCAAUUUUAUUCAUAUUGCAAGAAUACGUGUUGGAAUACACAAAAGAGUAUAUAUUUUAAUUUCUCAUUUAUAUGUAAACAAAGCUGAAAUCUUUUCUCAAAAAAUAUUUAUUUUCAGAAGGGGAUUUUGAAAAGGAAGGAAACAUUCCUGGCCAAUGUUUGGAAAGUAUAGCUCAAUUUGGGAAUUGCUAUGGGAAACCAAUCAAAUAGAGGAGCUCUGGCUAUGGAGGGAGAAGGUGCUGAUUAUCUUCCCUACGUUCCAAGAGGCUCCUGGGAAGGAACCUGGGCUUCUGGUCAGCUCAGGGAGAACUAGUGAGCAGGUGGCAAGGGCGGUGCCCCAUGACAUCAGCAGCGCCUUCCCUGGACAUUCUACAUUCUCCCAGAGAACUCUUGGCAUUCCCUGUGACGUCACCAGUGUCGUAGCGACACCAACUGCCCUUAGGAGAUCCCUUCAGUGUCUCUAGAGCACACCAUUAGACAUGUUGUCAAGAUUUAGGUCUCUUCUUGUGAGAGGCAGUGGAGAACUUCCUGAGACCAGAGCGAGGCAGCAGGAAGCUGCCCUUCAGACUAGAAGUAAAACAGGAAGAAAGAAAUGGUUCUGGCAGAAGAGCAAGGCUGCUGUGGAGGCCUCAUCCCAGCCAACGCCCCUCACCCAGAAACAGGUGAAGAAGGAACUGGAGAGGCUGAGCACGGAGCUGCAGCUGAUGAGAAGACAAAGGGAUGAGCUGCGAGAUCGCCUGCUCUUCAUCACGGAAGGAACCGUGGACAACAGGCCCUACCACAAGCCAAAUCCUUUCUAUGAGAAACUGAAGUUGGAGCAUGAACAGGUCAUGUCAGAACUGAAGAGACUGCAGAAUGAGAAGACAGGAGCAUCAGAGAAGUGCCAUGAGCUGACCAAGGAGACAGUCUUUUAUCGAGGUCUGCACAGCCGACUCGUGAUGGAACAGACUCAGAUGACCAAGAAGGUGGACAUGCAGAGGCAGGAGAACAGACACCUGCUGGAGGAUUGGGUCCUGCUGAAGCACCACCUGGAGGACUUGAGAGAGCUCUGCAAGGAUGGAGAGGAAGAGACCAGAGACCUCAAAACCCCAGAACAGCAGGAGCUGCAGAGACUGCAGAAAAUACUUGACUUCCUGAUGAAGCAGAAGGAGACGGUCAUGCAGGAAAAGGAGUUGGUGGAGAAGCUGCAGCAUCACUUGGAGAUGUCCCAGAUGAGGUUCAAAAGCAUUCAGCCUGUCCUGAAGCCGGCCACAUCCUAGGAUUAGAGCCACUUUAAGACACAGCUGCUUCAGCAGAGACACCUGCUGAGUCACAUCCCUGGAACUACUGAAUUCUCCCUCAGUCUUGGUGGAGAACAUGACAGACAGAGCCCAAUAGAGGAAAGGCUGUAGGCAUCUUGAUAAAACUGUCACACUGUAGACUCCCCUGGUACUCUGCAAGGCCAGCCCUAGGUUGCAGGACUGUGCCUGUCAAUCUGCAGGAAGAAAAUGCUGUUCAUAUUCUUUAUUGUUUUGGUUUUGGUUCAUGUUUUUGUUUUGGUUGUUUUUGCUUUGCUGUUUAAUGUUAUUCUUGUUAAUCUUUUUCCUAGGUUGCUUUUUAUUGACUACCCCUUUAAAGCCCGUUUUGAGACAAGUGUUUUUUCAUGAAUUAAA